AUGUGGAACGGUGCGGUUCCAGGCAAGGUGGCUGACCCCAAGGUCAUUUCCCUGCUCUGCUCGGGACUCGGGACUUUUUUUUCCCCUCCCCUAUCCCUCUCUCCAUUGACAGGGUUAAAUGUAGCAUCGCUUUACCUGGUCCCUAUUGUCGUCGUAAUUACCCCACCGCGGGGAACAAAUCCAGCAUUUAAAGCCCGGCUCGUAUCCCCCGUCCGAAGGGUGCCAAAUGACCUCCUAUAA